AUGUCUGACCUAGGAGAAAUGAGGUACUUUCUUGGAGUGGAGAUCACUCAAGAUGAGACAUGGAUAUUCAUGUGCCAGAAGAAGUACGCUCGUGAGAGCUUGGAGAGGUUUAAGUUGGAAGACUGCAACUCAGUUAGGAAUCCCAUUGUUUUGGGAACCAAACUGGUGAAGGAAGAUAGAUCAGGGAAGGCAGACGCUAGUGUAUACAAGCAGAUGGUGGGAAGUAUGAUGUACUUGGCUGCUGCAAGACCUGAUCUAACGUAUGUUCUUGGUCUGAUCAGUAGGUUUAUGGAAAGUCCUACGCAAAUUCAUAUGGGAGCUGUGAAAAGAGUACUUCAGUAUGUUAAGGGGACGAUGGACUUAGGUGUUCACUACAAAAGGAACAGGGAGCAGAACACUUGA